AAUCUGGUUGUUCAGAGUGCUUUAUACAAGCAUAUUCAGAGAAGGUUGAAUGGAACAAAAAAGUGGGAGGCAAAGGUGCUCAAGCAACAGGGAUAACUGCUGCAUCGAGAGGAUUGUCAAGCAAAGGCCAUUCAAAAAUGUGCGGGAGCUUCACAAGGAGUGGACUGAGGCAGGAGUCAGUGCAUUAAGAGUCACCAUGCAAAGACAUCCAGGAAAUGGGCUACAACUGUCCUCGUGUCAAGCCACUCGUGUCAAGCCAGUCCUCGUGACAAGCCACUCGCUUCUAACGUUGUCAGACAACGUUAGAAGCGUCUUAAUAAUAACUGGUCUAUCUGUCACUCAGUGGUCCAAAGUCCUCUAUUCAGACGAAAGUUAACUUUGCAUUUCAUUUGAAAUCCAAGGUCCCAGAGUCUUGAGGAUUAAUGGAGAGGCACAGAAUCAAAGUUUAUUGAAGUCCAGUGUGAAGCUACCCCAGUCAGUGAUGAUUCGGGGAGCAUGUCAUCUUCUGAUGUUGGUCCACUGUGCUUUAUCAAGUCCAAAGUCAACUCAGCCUUCUACCAGGACAUUUUAGAGCACUUGCUUGUUCUAUGGAGAUGCUUGGCACAUGUCCACACUGUCAAAAGUACCAAUACCUGGUUUGAUUACCAUUGGUUUACUGUGCUUGAUUGGCCAACAGACUCGCCUGACCUGAACCUCUUAGAAAGUUGAUGGGGUAAUGUCAAGAGGACGAUGAGAGACAUGAGACCCACCCAUGCAGUCGAGAUGAAGGCCUCUAUCGAAUCAACCUAGUCUUCCAUAACACCUUAGUAGGACCACAGGCUGAUCGAAUCCAUGCCACGCUGCAUUGAGGCAAAAGGGCCCCCAACCAAGCCCUAGCAAUAUACAUUAUUUGUAUUAGAAUACAAAUAAUGCAUAAUGGGCUAUAUUUCACUUCACCUCCACAGAAACAUAGCAGUAAAACAAGGUUUAAAAUGUGGUUUUCAUUUGUGAAUGCAAGGUACAAACUAUAAUCCAGGGAAAGGCAUAUUUGAAUUCCCUCGUUCAGCGACUGCAGGUGUGUCCCAUUGGUGCCAUUAUCGUCACCAGGCAACGGCUGUAACAGAAGAACUUGAGUAAACAACGCAUCUCACGCAACCCUUCCUUCACCUGAGAUACCCAGACCGAGACGUCUGACGGACCACUCGAUCCUACGGAGAAGAUGCCGGCUCACAUCAUGCUGUCCUACCAGUGGGACGACCAGCCACUGGUGAAGAGGAUACACGACCGGCUGAUAGAGCACGGACUGCCUGUGUGGAUGGACAUCGAGGGAGGAGUGACCGGGAACAUCAACGAUGCGAUGGCUGCGGGCGUGGAGGAGGCGGCGGUCAUCUGUCCCAUCAUGACCCCGGCUUACCAGGCAUCCCGCAACUGCAAGCGGGAGCUGAGCUACGCCGACUCCAGGGAGGUGCUCACCGUGCCCGUCAUGCUGGCCCAGGACUGGGAGGCCAGCGAGUGGCUGGGCCUGGUCACCGCUGGGCUGCUCUGGGUGGACUUCAGAAAUGCAGAAACGGAUGACGAGCAUUUUGAGAGCUGUGUGCAGUCCCUGCAAGCGGAGAUCAUGUACAACGCCGGCCACCUCCUGGUCGUGCCUGAGGUUCCUGAGGAUGUGACUGGUGACGAACCGGAGCCCAGAGAGAGACGGCCUCCGAAGAGGAAGACGGGACGCCGCUUCCUCCACGCUCAGUCUAUGCUCUACAUCCGGGAGUCAGGGGGGGAGACUAUGGACCCGGACAGUGACCACAGGGGCAAAGUGGAGCUCCAUGAUGAACCAGGAGAGCGUGGCUCCUGGGAAGAGCAGAAGGGGAUCGGCUGUAAAUACUUCCGAAACGUCGCCACCGGCGGAUACCUUGGUAGGCGUGGCUCUUCAACAUGAACAAAUCCUAACAAUGAAACAUUGUCCAAACUUCCUUGUUGUUUAUUAUGAAUGAACCAAUAUAAACGUCACAUCGCACGCCAGGAAGAGGGGAAGAUUAAGUUUCCUCUAUGUACAACUGGCGAUCUGUUGGGACAAUAGAAAACAAGAAAGAAAAAAAACUGGAUACAUGCGUCAAUUGAAUUUGAGUGAUGUUUCCUUUUGCAGGAUAUCUCCAUGGUGAGGACGAUGCCAGUUCUCAACCUAGUGAGGACUGUUUGAAUACAACCGGUUCUCCCAAGAGGGAGGAAUGCGUGUUUACUAAAACUGUCUCUCACCAAGGUGAGGACCAUGAGUACACUACAGCCCAUCUUGAGGAGAGUGGGGACCGUGUGUAUACUACAGACAGUCCUGUAGAGACCGAGAGGUGGCUUCUGCUGGCAGACCAGAUGGAUCAAAGCUGCAAAAGGGCCGUCAUCAUCAAGAACAAACACACCGGGAGAUUCCUGGCGGUCCAAGGUGGUCGCUUUGUUGGACUAACGUCGUACACUGAAGACUGCAAAUGGUUUCUUGAAUGAAGAGAAACGUGAGGGGAAUAUGUUUUUUUUCAUGGUAGCUUUUAGUCUUGGGACGUUUCUCAUUAGGCACAAUCAAUUUACUGUUGGCAUUUGUACAGCCCACACUAGCACACUGAUUUUGUCAGAACCAUUCUACGACGAUAUAAAAAAACAAAUAAAGAUUGGAAAUAUUAAAAUCUUUU